CCAGCAUACGUCUGUUUGCUUUUGGCGCGCGCACUACUGGUGCGGCGCGCGGGGUAUAAUAGGCAAGAUCGUGACUACUACAACCAUGCUGCCUUUUUCGUUUUAAACAGGUGGAGAAAACCACGGGCCAGCAGGGGUUCUCCGAGGGGAGCCGCGGGCCCGGGCCGCGGGCCGGGCCCACCCUAAGCAGCUUAUACGUAAAGCAGCAAAGAAAAUAUGGAGCAGUUCGAGUCACUUCUGACGUGCUGCGUCUGCCUAGACCGGUACAGGAAUCCAAAGCUGCUGCCAUGCCAGCACAGUUUUUGCAUGGAACCGUGUAUGGACGGCCUUGUCGACUACGUCAGGCGACAGGUCAAAUGUCCAGAAUGCCGUGCCGAGCAUCGGAUUCCGUACCAAGGUGUACAAGGUUUCCCGACCAAUGUCACCUUGCAGCGGUUUCUAGAGCUACACGCUAACAUAGCAGGAGAGCUGCCUGACCCCACAGCGGGGCAGGUGAUGGAAAGGUGCAAUGUUUGCUCAGAAAAGGCGUAUUGCGCGCCUUGCGCACAUUGCGACAAGAAAGUUUGCGAAGACUGCAAAUCAGCGCAUAUGGAAGUUCUACGCAGAGAAAUCGCUAGGAUCAACAAUCAGAUACGUCGAGGAGUCAACAGGCUUCAAGAUAUUCUUUCGAUCGUCGAGCGUAACACUACAAACUUGCAAACAAACUGCGCUGCAGUGGCAGGAGAGGUAGAUGAAAUCCACAAAAGACUAGCCAAAGCUCUUAAAGAUAGAACUGAUUUCCUAAGGACUGAAGUUGAUCGCUAUCUAGCUACUGAACUUAGAAACCUCACACAUCUGAAAGACAACCUCGAACUGGAGUUAAGUAAUAUUCAAAGUAAUUGUGAUCUCGCAGACAAGUACAUGAACGACGAUGUCGAAUGGGAGGACACUGAAUUAGUUGAUACCAAAGAAAUUUUCCUGAAGACGGUAGAGUUUUUAAGAAACUUCGAUUAUGAGGCUGGAGAUUAUAACCGUAGGAUCAGGUUUGUUAUGACACACGAUCCAAACCAACUAGUCGUACACGUUGCAAGCUAUGGUGAACUAAAUAUUAAUCACCCUAACGCUUAUUCAGGAGCAUUGCAACAAACCCAAGGACUUACCCGGUCCAAGAGUGACCAUCGUCUUGCAACGCAGUUCCGCCAACAAGAAGAAUCUAAAGGCUAUACUGAGAAUGACGAACCGGUCUUAGGUGGACGUAAAUUUGGAGAACGGCGACCCCCACCGCCCGAGAAAGUAAGGGACCCCUAUGGAACCACGGAUGAUUACAGUGGCUAUGAAUCCGAACAUAGGCCUUCCAGAAGAUUCCGUUCAAGAUUUGUCAGGAGUCAUCAAGAUAAUGAUUCUGACACGGAACAACCUGCUCGUACCGUUAAGGCAGAGCAAAAAGAGAAAGAAAAAGAAAAGGUAGCAGACACUGAAGAUGCUACAAGGGGUCCACUUAGUGGGAUAUUCAGACUAAGUGACUGUCCACGUGUCAUGCAAAGGAUAAUGGAUGUGGACAGUGGUAAAAAAAAGGAAAAAAAGGAGCCACCUCCACCACCGAAACCAGUGCAGCCAGCACCUCAGCCUCAGCGGCGGGCUCCACCGGCGCAGCGGCAGCAGAGUGAAGAUGACGAGAUCUCCCGGCUUAAGAAGCAGAAUAAGGGCGCGGCGUCUUCCCAUGAACCUGACCGAGCGCCAGCGCAGGAAGAACGCACCUCGAUUGCUCGUAAACCACCCACACCAGCCCGGGAGGCUUCCAGCGACGGUGAAUCCGAUGAAUCCCUUGGAUCGCUGCAACGUACUCAGCGUAAAAAUGCUGCUCCAGCUCCUAAACCGGCAGUGACACCUGUCAGAAGACCGUCAGCGACAGAAACCACCGCCCACCGCCCUGGAGUUCGUGCGCCUAGCACCGAAUCAAGCGCUUCGACAGAAAGUUCCGGCUCGGCGGUUAAACACACAGGUGCUAUACUAUCCAUCGCAGAAUUAAAAGCCAAAUACAGCAGUUUUGAGCCACCAUCAAAAACCAGAUCGUUUAUUUCCGCAGGCAACGAUAGAACAGCUCCGGCAACAACGAACGGAACGGUCGGUGGCGCGCAACGGGUCCAGAGCCGGUUCAUCGGCUCCCAGCGGCCCGCGCCCGCCCCGGCGCCCGCCGAGCCGGCCCAAGAAGACUCCGACACGAGCUCCGAGGAGGAGACCGACUCGUCAGAGGAGAGCGAAGAGGAGCCUGCAUCGCAAAGGAAGCCCGAGAGCCAGGCGAUGGCUCGCAGUGACAUUGGUCCGCUUCUCGCACGAAGCAACAAUGCCCGCAACGAUGCCCAAGACAACAAGGCCAAAGAGAGUCCUACCCCGUCUCGGUACCGUACACGCACAACGUCUCAAGCCGAGGAGGAGCCUAGGUACGGCGCCAGCGGUUCUUCGUACAGCAACCGUUAUGGCACCACCAAGCCUAAAGAAGAAGAGCCGGUGUCUUCCAUCGAUGACGAAUCGAAGUACCCAACUGCACGUUCGAGAUACCUUGCGUUGAAAGAGCGACGCAAUCGUCUCGCUAGAAGCAAGAGCAGUCACACCGGUUUUGGUAUGGGAGACGAUGACGACCAAGACGAACCAGUCUCUCCCACAACAGCGUCACCGUCAGCGUAUCUGGCGGCUCGAUACGGCUCUGGCACCGGAGGUACAGAGUUGUCUCGUAGCCGAUCCUCACACGCGCUAAAAUCUAGAGAAAGUUCGCCCGAGCGACCACCGCCCGGCGAGAAAGACGGUGCGGCCUUGAGCUCAUGGGCCAGAUACCUGAAGAAUAAGUACGGAUCGCGGGGCAAGGAUCGAGACACGAGCAGCAGCGCGUCGAGCACGUCGCGCCGCCUGUCUCUCGGGCUGCCCUUACGUUCGGCUAACGAGCUUGCCAGUUCUGAUGACGAUUCAAAAAACGCGGCAGGCUCCCCCAUCUCCCCUACGGCGGCUACAGCAGCGGUAGCAGGUUUCGCAGCAGCAGGUUCCUCCCCUAGGAGCCAGUAUCUGCAGAAACGCCGUUUACAAUUCAGCGUGGGGAGCCGGGGGAGCGAACCCGGUUGUUUUACUUGGCCUCGUGGUAUCGCUGUAGGCCCCGACAACACAAUGGUCGUGGCCGAUUCGUCAAACCAUCGAGUGCAGGUGUUCGAUUCCAAUGGCAUUUUCGUGAAGGAAUUCGGUCAGUACGGCAGCGGCGAGGGCGAGUUUGACUGCCUCGCUGGCGUGGCUGUCAACCGGAUUGGGCAAUACAUCAUCGCGGACCGAUACAACCAUCGCAUACAGGUGUUCGACCCUCAAGGGCGGUUCCUGAGGGCAUUCGGCAGUCAGGGCACGGGAGACGGCAAGUUCAACUACCCGUGGGGCAUCACGACGGAUGCGCUGGGUUUCAUAUACGUGUGUGACAAGGAAAACCAUAGAGUUCAGGUGUUCCAAUCCGACGGCACAUUCGUCGGCAAGUUCGGCAGCUUCGGCUCCAAGCUGGGCCAGCUGGAGCAUCCCCACUACAUCGCCGUCUCCAGCACCAACCGAGUGCUCGUGUCAGACUCCAACAACCAUAGGAUCCAGGUCUUCGAUGUGAACGGACGGGUGUUAUCGUCGUUCGGAGAUGAGGGCUCUGAGGAUGGACAGUUUAAGUUCCCAAGGGGCGUCGCCGUUGACGACCAAGGCUAUAUCGUAGUAGCCGAUUCCGGCAACAAUCGCAUUCAGAUCUUCCACCCUGACGGAACGUUCCUCCGUGCCUUCGGCUCCUGGGGCUCCAGCGAUGGCGAGUUCAAGGGUCUUGAGGGGAUCGCCGUCAUGAGCGGAGGGAACAUCAUCGUGUGUGAUCGGGAGAACCAUAGGGUACAAGUUUUUUAAGGGUUUAAUACUUAUGGCUGAAGAACCUUAUG